UGUAUUUAUCUUGAAAUUCGAAAGUCCUAUUAAAAAUGGAUAGUAAGCUCAACUAACCCAAUGUUUAUGGGCUUUAAAAAAUAUAUAUAUUAACUUUUAACCCUAACGAAAACCAUUGUUCGUUCUCUCACGUGACGAACAAGAAAUCGCUCUCAAAAUCCUUAAACGAAACAACCCUAACAAAAAUUUGUACGUGAAUCGGAUACUCCUAGCGCCAUUCACCACCACAUAUUCCGGUCCCGGCUUCAUUCUUGAUCAGUGCUUUGUUAAUGGCAUCCGACCUACCAGACAACCAUCGGAAAAAAAGAAAGAUGCAAAAAUAUUCUACACCAAAUAAUGAAGUCACCCCCUUCCGGAAAGCGGCGUUCAAGUCCAGGGAGGAUCACAGGAAGCAGAUAGAACUGGAAGAAGCGCGUAAAGCCGGGCUUGCACCUGCGGAGGUUGAUGAAGACGGAAACGAGAUCAAUCCACAUAUUCCUCGGUAUAUGUCAUCUGCUCCUUGGUAUCUUAAUGCGGAAAGACCGAGUUUAAAACAUCAACGGAAAUGGAAACUUGAUCCAAAUAACAAAAACUGUUGGUACGAUAGAGGAGCGAAAACAUUUCAAGCUGACAAGUUCAGAAAGGGUGCAUGUGAAAACUGUGGAGCCAUUACACACACUAGCAAAACCUGCAUGGAAAGACCCCGCAAGGCUGGAGCGAAAUUGACCGGUAAAAAUAUAGCACCUGAUGAGAAGAUCGAGACUUUUGAUCUCGAUUAUGAUGGCAAAAGGGACCCGUGGAAUGGGUAUGAUGCAGCGUCGUAUGCUCAUGUGAUUGAUCGAUAUGAAGCUCGAGAUGAAGCGCGGAAAAAGUAUUUAAAAGAGCAACAGUUGAAAAAGCUUGAAGAAAAGAACGAUAGUGAUGGUGAAGACGGUUUAAACGUAGAUGAAGCGAAAGUUGAUGAAAGCAAGCAGAUGGAUUUUGCUAAGGUCGAGAAACGUGUGCGUACUACUGGCGGUGGGUCCACAGGAACUGUAAGGAACCUCCGUAUUCGAGAAGAUAUAGCUAAAUACCUUGUUAAUCUUGAUGUGAAUUCCGCUCAUUAUGACCCGAAAGCGCGAUCCAUGCGUGGGGAUCCGCUGCCAGAUAUGGAUCCGAAUGAGAAGUUUUAUGGUGGGGAUAAUCAAAAUAGAAUAAGCGGUGAAGCUUUGGAGUUUAAGCAGCUGAAUGUACAUGUUUGGGAAGUUUUUGACGAGGGGAAUGAUGUGCACAUGCAAGCGGCUCCUUCACAAGCUGAAUUGUUGAACAAAAGUUAUAGGAUUAAUAAAGAAAUGUUGAGAUCGAAAGCGAAGGAGGCGAUUUUGGAAAAGUAUGGGAAUGCGGCUGCUGAAGACGCGCUUCCAAGAGAGCUGUUAUUGGGUCAGAGUGAGAGAGAAGUUGAGUAUGAUCGCGUUGGCAGGGUUAUUUAGAAGGAGGACAAGAGGAGGAAUAGAGAGGUGAACGGAAGCGCAUAUAUAAUGCUAACUGGAAUGAUGAUCUGACAGCUGAAGAUAUGGAGACGUAACUUAAUUUAAAACGACUAUUUUACCUUUUUAUUAGAAAAAUAGAUUUAAUAACCUCAGUGCUCCCAUUGUUUCUUUCUUAGUUUGAUUAGAUGUUAAUAGUUAAUUUGAGUCGAUUGUAUUAAGGUCACCUUGCACUUGCACAACUGUUAUUGAAGGAUGCUUAAGAGUA